AUGUCAUACGUAUUCAAAAGAGGUGCGCAUAAGGAGGCCGUCCAGUUUGACAAGAUCACGGCGAGAAUCAGCAACCUCUGUUAUGGUCUCGACCAAGAACAUGUUGAUCCCAUCGCCGUCGCGAUGAACGUGAUUAAGGGAUUGUACCAGGGCGUCACUACAACAGAGCUCGAUAACCUCGCAGCUGAGACAGCGGCGAGCUUGACGACCAAGCACCCCGACUAUGCUAUCCUUGCCGCUCGCAUUGCUGUUUCAAACCUACACAAGGAGACGAAGAAGCAUUUUUCAGCAGUUAUCAGCGACUUAUAUAACUACAUUGAUCCCAAGAACGGCCGUCCAGCGGGCAUGAUUGCGCAGGACGUCUACGAGAUUGUGAUGAAGAACGCGAAAAAACUUGACUCGGCGAUCAUCUACAGCCGUGACUUCCACUAUAAUUACUUCGGAUUCAAGACUCUCGAGCGCUCGUACCUUCUGAAGCUCAACGGUCGCACUGCGGAGCGACCACAGCACCUGCUUAUGCGUGUCGCGGUUGGCAUCCAUAAAUCUGACAUUCCUCGAGUCCUGGAAACGUAUGCUAUGAUGUCUGAGCGACUCUUUACACAUGCGUCGCCAACUCUCUUCAAUGCUGGACUGCCAAAUGGGCAGCUGGCUUCAUGCUUCCUUGUUUGCAUGAAAGAUGAUUCAAUUGAAGGUAUCUAUGAUACGCUCAAGAACUGUGCCAUGAUCAGUAAGACUGCUGGUGGUAUUGGUCUGAAUAUUCACAAUAUCCGUGCGACUGGGUCCUAUAUUGCAGGGACGAACGGCUACUCAAAUGGCAUUGUCCCUAUGCUCCGGGUCUACGAUGCGACGGCCCGCUACGUUGACCAGGGAGGCAACAAACGUCCCGGCGCGUUCGCGAUCUACCUUGAGCCCUGGCACAACGACGUCUUCGAGUUCUUAGACCUGCGGAAGAAUCAUGGGAAAGAAGAAGUGCGCGCUCGCGAUCUCUUCUACGCAUUGUGGAUCCCAGACCUCUUUAUGAAGCGUGUUGAGGCGAAUGGCAAGUGGUCCCUGUUCUGUCCCAAUGAGGCGGCUGGCUUGCACGAAGUGUGGGGAGAAGACUUUGAGAAGCUUUACGAGCAAUAUGAGCGUGAAGGACGUGCCAGGCAGACGAUUGAUGCGCAGAAGCUGUGGUACGCAAUCCUCGAUGCCCAGAUUGAGACCGGCAAUCCUUUCAUGUUGUACAAGGAUGCCUGCAAUGCCAAGUCAAACCAGCAGAACUUGGGCACUAUCAAGUCGUCCAAUCUCUGCACGGAGAUUAUCGAGUACUCCUCGCCUGAUGAGACCGCAGUCUGUAACCUGGCAUCGAUUGCUUUGCCUGCAUUUGUCGAAAACGGGACGUACAACUUCCAGAGGCUGCAUGACGUGGCGAAGGUCGUUGCGUUCAAUCUGAACCGCGUCAUUGACGUCAACUAUUACCCUAUCCCGGAGGCCCGUCGCUCCAACAUGCGCCAUCGCCCUAUCGGCGUCGGUGUCAAUGGUCUCGCGGACGCCUUCAUGGCUCUCCGUAUGCCCUUCGACUCACCCGAAGCUCGGGAGCUCAACCAGAAGAUCUUCGAGACAAUCUACCACGCGGCUUUGGAGUCGAGUAGCGACAUCGCUGAGACCGAUGGACCCUACGAGACAUACGCAGGCAGCCCUGCGUCGAAGGGCCAGUUGCAGUACGACAUGUGGGGCGUCACUCCUUCGGACCUCUGGGACUGGGAUAGUCUUAAGGCAAAAAUUGCUCGCACUGGCUUGCGAAACUCGCUGCUACUUGCACCCAUGCCGACUGCGUCGACAAGUCAGAUUCUGGGUUACAAUGAGUGUUUCGAACCAUACACCAGCAAUAUUUACACUCGCCGUGUGCUCGCCGGAGAAUUCCAGGUCGUCUGCCCGUGGUUGCUCCGCGAGCUGGUCGACCUCAAGUUGUGGGACAACGACAUGAGAGAAAUGAUCAUCGCGAGCAACGGAUCUGUACAGAGUAUCCCAAGCAUCCCUGACGAUGUCAAGGCUAUCUACAAGACAGUCUGGGAGAUUAGUCAGAAGAAGAUCCUGGACAUGGCCGCCGACCGCGGUGCCUUCAUUUGCCAAAGUCAGAGCUUGAACAUCCAUCUGCAAUCGCCGACAAUAUCCCAACUGACGAGCAUGCACUUCUACGGAUGGAAGAAGGGUUUGAAGACCGGCAUGUACUACCUGCGCACUCGGCCCGCUGCUCAGGCUAUUCAGUUCACUGUGGACCAGAGCGUCCUUAAAGGCGCGAAGAAGAAUGAGGCUGCUCAACGGAACGCCGCGAAGGCUAACGGUGUCGCUUCGCUAGCGCCGGCUGCCUCCGCUGCUGUGCCCCUCGAUACUUCAUUCCCUGUUCUAAGUGACCCUCCGACACCUAUCACUACGGUGGACGACACAACUCAUUCUGAUCCUCCUACGCCUUCCACCACGGCUACCACGGCUUCAUCUCAGCCCGAGGAAAUCCUGACACUCGACGAACGGACGCAAAAGGCGGCUGAGCAAGAUCCGGAGUUUGCAGCUGCGCUGCGGCGCCAGCGCCAGCGCGAGCUCGAACAGGAAAAGUUGAUGUGUUCCCUGGAGAACAAGGAGGCAUGUUUGAUGUGUUCGAGUUGAAGGGUUUGUCUCGCGUUCUGACUUCUGUGUAUCAUGAUCUUGUCUACUGCAAUUAGUGUAUCCGUUCCUCUGCUAUCCUUGUAUUGUCGUCACGCUAGAUUCUCAUGUCUGUCGGUAGCUUAUGUAGAAUGCGUUUGUAGUUCAUAACAUCGUUAUUUUGAUCCUUC